GACGGAUUUCCUGACAUAAUCUCUCGUGUAACUUGGGUUCACGUGAAUUCUGUGUGUCGUUUCUAGACGGGGAGUGUUGAUUGUGGUUUGUGCUGUGUUUUGGUGAAUCUAGUGGGAUUUGGUGUGUAGUGUGUUUUGUUUGGAAUUAGAAAGAAAAUAUGCAAAAGAAGUGAGGUUGACCAUUGUCCGUGCUCCGUGUCAUACAGGUACAGACAAUGAAAAUGGAGGCUAGCUGUACAACCGAACACAGAACGCAAAUGAAAAUAAAUUGCUUAACACAAUAAAAAUGGAAUACAAUAAAUGACAAAAUGGAAAGAUUUAUGAAUAAGUUAACCGUGCGAGAGAAGUGGGUAUGGCAUAACGGCACUAUGAGUUCAUAAAAAUUAAACUUACUAAAAAACAUAAAUAUAAGAUGUAGAAAAAUUGGUCCUAUAGAGCUUUGAAAUUAGCUCUAAAAUGACACACGAAAACCUAAUAAAAAAUAUGUCAAUACCAAAAAUAUGCACCACCGAAUGUCAGAACUCUUCAAAACUAUCGUUCGAAGUGAAACCCCCAGACCCUAACACUACGUUCUUAUAUCGAUAUUCAAUCGACACAAAUAAUACCGAUUCCGAUUUCAACAUCGAUUAUUUCAACGAAACUUUCAGUGAUUCGAAUUGUACUUUUAAAAAUGGAACGUGUAGUGAUGUGGACUAUAACUUUUGGGCGUUGUCGUUACUAGUGUUUCCCUUGCUGACUUUAUUCGGUAAUGUGUUAGUAAUACUAAGUGUGUCGAGAGAAAGGAGUCUGCAAACGGCGACGAACUACUUUAUAGUGAGUUUGGCUGUUGCGGAUUUACUUGUGGCUGUGGUUGUUAUGCCGUUUGGAGUUUAUUAUUUGUUCAACCACGGCGUAUGGGGUCUCCCGCCCGUGGUGUGCGACUGCUACAUCGCCAUUGAUGUCAUCUGCUCCACAUCCAGCAUAUUCAAUCUAGUCGCCAUAUCUGUUGACAGAUACAUAGCAGUAACCCAACCAAUAAAAUACGCGAAACACAAAAGCAACGCCCGAGUCUGGUCCAUGAUAGGGGUCGCAUGGCUCGUGUCAGGAGCCAUAGGGUCUCCCAUAGUCCUAGGCCUCAACAACACGGCGGACCGGAGGCCUGGGGACUGUCUGUUCAAUAAUAAGGACUACGUCAUUUACUCGUCGCUCGGGUCCUUCUAUAUACCGUGUAUUAUCAUGAUGUUUUUGUAUUAUAAUAUUUUUAAGGCAAUAAGACAACGAGCGAAAAAGCAGCGCAUAGCCAAGAAAACCUCUGCAGCGCUAAGCUCCGCUGUAUCCAGCGGCACAGCGGCCGUGGUGAUAGAGAACGUCGCGCAGACGCAGCGGCUGGACGGGUCCAUGAACGACGCGCCCACCAACACCGCGUCGGGGAGCAAUGAGGAUGAAGAUGAUGAGAACUUCGGCAGAACAGAGAUGGGUGCGUACGCCGAGGAGCUGGUGAACUCCAGGUCAGCUAGGUUCAUGCUGGCCGCUGUGGUUGAGGAAACUGGACUAAUUAUGGCGAACUUAGCGUCCCCCAUUCCAAUGAUGGACCCCAAUACGAACAACGACUCGGGGUACGCCCCCUCGAACAUGGAAGCUGAUAAGGAACAUACCCCCCCUGCUUCCCCCACCAAUAAGGAGGAGAAGAAGCCAGAAGAUAGCACGGUAGAUAGCACGGAAGCUGCCAAGCCUAAGCCUGAGUUGAAAAAGAAGCUAAGCAGGAUAAGCAACAGCUCCCUCAUCUCGACUCCUCGGAGGCGGUUCAGGAGUGCGGCAUCAGCGGCUAGGUUCACCAUCUUCCGCGCCAACAGGGCUGGCAAGCUGAGGGCCAAGUCUUUUGCUAAGAAGGAGAAGAAGGCUACUCAAACACUCGCCAUUGUUUUAGGUGUAUUCCUCUUCUGCUGGGCACCAUUCUUCUCCUGCUCAGUCCUGGACGCCUUGUGCUUCAAGUUCGGCCUCCCCUACUCUCCCGGGGUGACCGUGUUCAUCCUGACCACGUGGCUGGGCUACAUCAACUCGUUCCUCAACCCCGUGAUCUACACCAUCUUCAACCCUGAGUUCAGGAAGGCCUUCAGGAAGAUACUCCAUUGCGGCACCUAGCCCUUGGAUUACUACGUAGUUUAUGAAUAGACUUUGACUCUUGCAACUUUCAAGUGAUUUUUGUUUCUUCUUAAACUGAUUAUUGAAUCCUUACCCCUUAAAAGUUUGCAAUAAAACCUAAUAACCAAAAGUAGCAAAAUGGUGGUGAACACGCUCUGUAUAAGCCACUUCCAUCUUUGAUGCUCUUUCGAUGUUAUUUUCAAGCAGCAUGAUACUUAUUUGUAGCUGUUUGUUGUUUGUACGCCAUUUUGUUUCUUGUCAAUCCUCGUAAAGAAUUUUACGUUUAAAAACAUUCGAAAACAAUAGGGCCUGCUUUUUCAACAUUCUGCCCUCAAGUUUUUAUAUCCUGAUGACCACCUUUACAGCGCACAUUUUCCAAAGCACAUCACCAUUUUGUACUGGUGAUUCUUUUCUACUACCAUUUUAAUCUGGCGAUUAAUGUAAAUACUGGUUUUAUAACUAAACAAUUAUUGUCUGAGCUCAAGUUGAUAUAACUACGUAGUAUUUCUAUACUUUAAGGUACUUUUAAUGAACGAAUGGUACUAUCUAUCGUGUGAACGCUAUAGUCAGUAUCCUUUAAUGUAUCCGUCUGAGUAGUGCUAUGUCUAUAAGAUAUCCCUCAUUUCUUAUUUAGUAAUAUUUAAAUUAAUGUCAAUUUGGAUAAAUUAAUCAAUAGGAAAUGUGUAACCUUGUAACUUAAUGUGGUCACGAUUCCAUUUUAUAAAAGCAUUUUGUGUUUUUUGUAAUCAGUUGCUAACUUGCUUUUAGAAUCUAGAAAAUCAUUAUAAAUGAUCCUCGUUUCAGUUUUAUACUGAAAAUUGAAUUAUUUCACCGUAAUCAAAAACUAACCCUCCGAUUUAAUGUCAUACAAAAAUGUGUUUUCAAUUAUACAUUUUAAUUAAUGUUUUGUACACCAAAAUAAAAUGGAUAAAACCAUCGCUGAUGAAAUUCGUUAAAUAUGAAUUAAUCACCAUUUCAAUGUUCGAUAUUUUCUAUUUCAAAAAUUUGAAUUGGUCAACAUUUUAUAAAAUGAAACACAAUUUAAUAUUUUUACACAAAUUGUUUAAAACAAACACAAAAGUUUUCAUGUAUAUCAACAUUAGCCUAAAAUUAUUAAUUGUUGACAACCCCUGGCUAAACAGAACUUUGACCUUUCAAGUCGUACCUAGCAGCGUGUUGAUUAACGCAAUUGAUUUUAAAGCUUAUCCCAAAGAUGUAAGAUUGAUAUUCCUUUGUAAACAUUCCUAGAUUUUCUAACUUUUGGACAUUCCUUCUUGCAUGUUGACCAACGCAAUCGAUUUUAAAGCUUAUUCCAAAGACAUAAGAGUUACAUUCCUUUGUAAACACUCCAUAUUUCCUAACUUUGGCUAAGUUUAUCCUGCGGUUGUGACGAUCCCUUAGAAUAGAGAAGCAAUAAUGUAUGAUUGUGUAUAUAGGUUUAAUUGAUAUAGCUAUGUAGAAUAUGUACGACUGUAAUACUUUUUAAAUGUAAGUAAAUUGUAUGCUCAGCAUUGGGAAGAUUGGUUAAAUAGAAAAAAAUGUAUUACAUCUUUUAUUACAUGAUACAUUUCUUGAUUUUCAACUGCAAUAUUGCUUAAAAAAUCUUUUUCAUGCAAUGUGAUAAAAAUCUGUGUUUCUGUGAUCGAAAUAAUUUGUGAUUAAACAUAAUUUACUAGGUAUUAGAUUCCGUGGAGCAAUUUUCAAAUUAAAUUACCAGAAAAACUUUGAUGGAGAUUUCUUUAUAAAAUAGAUAAUAACAAAUUCGCAUUUGUAUAGUAGAUAUUAUUUUCCUGAUAUAUAAAUAUAUUUCAGCACACACCUAAGAAAUUAGUUUUCAAAUAACUAUUUGACAUUCACAAUUAAAAGCUUUACGAAGCCCUGUCUCAAAUACUCUAGUCAGAGCUAUCUUGCCAAAGAUGUAAAUAACAACUAUGUAUUAUCUUGUAAAUAUAAACUGUAUAAAUGUUAGUCAAACUAAAGUAAAGGCGUAUUUAUUGAUGUUGAAAUAAAUGGUGCAUUAUGUG